UGUUCCGAUCACCGGCCGAGAGUGAUUCUAGAAAUUGCUCCAGAUAGCCUCGAUAGCGCUUGAUUAUGACCUCUCUUACUCAAAGCAUUCUCUCUCGUUCUCUCUCCGCCAUCGUCAUAAUGUUGGACUCGUACGCGAGCUCUGUGUCAUCACGUGUCGCUGACAGCCAUGGACGAGUUUUCGAAUAGCGUUGUCCAGAGUACGAAGUCUGACACUUGCGCGAAAAUAAUCGCAUUGUGGUCUUCGAUCCUACCGAUCCUGAAGUUUUCAGCAUGCACCUCUCCUCUGAGAUGUUGCUCGGAUAACGCGAUCGCAACAGUCAAUUGUGUCGGCCCUAAAGCACAAUUACCGAGGAUCCGAGACGCGCCAUCGAGUUCGAGUCGCAGACGGAGCUCAUCCGACACACAGAAAUCUCUUCGACGGAACUACAGCUUCCUCGACGAUGGUGCUCGAGACGUCCUGGCGCCAACUGAAUGGGGUUUCCCCGUCCCCAAGAAAGGUCAAUCGCUCUGCGACUUCCUCUCGUCGGGGGACUUUCAGACGCACAUGUCCCCAUUGGACAAAGAGAAUGCCCAUUUCUACAUCGCCGAGGCCAUAAUCCAAGCAAUCGAACACCUCCACUGCUCCGCAGGUCGUCGGGGAACGCAGCAUCAACCAACAAGCGAAAGCGACUUGGAGUCCACCACGAAUGUACCCUCGAAACCGCGACGCAAACGUCGCGAAAAGAAACUUACGACCGACUCAAGCGAUUCCGGAACCGUCGCGCUUUUGAGCACUGAUUAUGCAACGUCACUCAGUCCCGAAAGCUCGGAUGAGGCCGACGAUGCGUCCGACACCUCGAUCGCGUCCGAAAAUUCGCAAACGCCCAUGAGCGCUGAGGGAGUCGCUCUGUGCUUGCUUAGGAACUUCAGGGAUAAGCCCCUGCCAAAAGCCAGUGAUCUAACUUGGAUGAUCACCGACGACGAUAACGUGCCCCAGCAAUUGAUACCUCUGCCUGACAGCUGGCCGGUAGCACCCGACGAACCUUCGCAGUUUCGAACUCGAGGGAAUCAACAGUGGGCUCCCCCCAGAAGGCAGAUAAUCUACAAUAAGAUUUUCCGUGACGGAAACGCCAAAGAGGGGUUGAAACUACAGAACUACCGAUGCGCAGGUUGCGGUAUGAAAACCAUGCCGAACACCCGAUUGAGGUUGUGUCACUACCUGGGGAAGUAUUUCUGCCAGUUGUGCCAUCGAAACGCAAAAUCCGUCAUUCCUGCGCGCAUCGUCAUGAAAUGGGAUUUCUCGCAAUGUCCUGUGUCAGAAUUCGCUCGUGAGCUCCUAGAGUCGCUCUACUGCGAUCCGGUGUUCGAUCUUUUCGACUACAGUCGGAGUGUUUUUACAAAAUCACGCACAUUGAAUAAAGUGACUGAACUCCGCGGCGCCCUCCAGUCAGCCGCGCAAUACGUCACUUUGUGUAAAAACGCCAAUAGGGAAAGGCUUCUCAGAGUGUCUGAUUAUCUGUAUCUGGAUCAAUUCAAAUACUCUCUGAAUGACUUUGUGCAAGCACAAAGCGGCGAACUAUACCGAGCUUUACUAGAUACUUAUCAACGGUGUGUCGAUCAUAUCCGAACGUGUCAGCGCUGUCACAGCCAGGGUUAUUUCUGUGAGCUUUGUAGACGGAGCGAGAUUAUCUUUCCUUUCGACAGGGAAUACGUCGUGCAAUGCGCUUCUUGUCGCGCUUGUUAUCACAAGUCGUGUGUGAGGAGAGGUUUCAUCUGCAGCAAAUGCAAACGACUCCAAAAGCGAAUGUAUGAAACGAUCCAGGAGGCCGAAGAAGCUGUGGAAUGCUGAAGUUCCGUCUCGAUGAGGGUCCCGGCAGACAGAAUCAAGGUUCAAGUGACUCGGAUGGGGUUCAUCACUUUGGAGCGAGGACGUGAAGACUCGAGA